ACUCUGAUUUCUUCUGGUGUACUUCCUUGAUUUCCAAUUAUACACCCUGUUACUUUUAUAGUCCUCAGUGUCUCUGGUAUAUUUCUUAAAUUUUAUGGUGUCCAAUUCUUUUUUUGCUUUAUCCACUGUAGAUUGUAAAAUGCUAUCCAGUUUGGGGUAAUCUUGGUGGUCCAUAAAAGUGUUAAGGUCCUUUUGAAUGUGGUCUAUGUGUUCUCUAGCCUCCGCUAGUUUCAUAUUUUUGUGUUUAACAAUGAGUGCCAUAAGUCUGAGAGAGCAUUCAGACAGUAUUGUGUUCCAUUCUAAGGCAAAUUUGUCAUCUGUGAUGAGAAAGGUAUGAUAUUUCCUCAGACCUAAGCCCCUGGGAACCAUUCCUAGAGACAUGUAUUUCUCUAGUGAGCGUUUGUCCCACCAUAAUUUAUAUUCAUUAAUUAAUGCUCUCUCCAUAGACAAAAAAGCAUCACAUAUAUCAAGUAGGUCCAACUUGUUCUCAAAAGUCUCUUCUAAACUAGGUCUAGUACCCUCUAGGUUUGCCACUGUUUGCAUAGAAUAGAAAUGUUGAGCCAUUUUGCCUUUGUUAUACUAUAUUCGCUGAAGGAAGCUAGUAAUCCAAGAUUAUAAUGCUAUUUAUUUAAAGCAAUAUUGAAGUAGCAUAUAAGUAAAUAAUCUUGAGAUUAUAAUCAAAAUAUUCCCUUGAAAUGAUCCCUUAGAAUAAAGUGGUGAAUAUAAUAAUAGUAAUUAUCUGGGCUACGUGGAGUCUGUUAUAAGUGAUUAGUUAUAAUUAAAAACAAGCUUAUGGGUUCAGUCUCUAACAGGUUAAUCCAGAAUUAUUAUCAGAGUAUGCUUAGGAGCAGUGCAUGUAGACAAUUAAAGCAAACACACAGUCAGCUUAACAAAAGAGUCACAAUGGUACAGCUGUAGUUAGAAAGCUCAGCAUUUAUACAUGUGAAUGUAUUAUCAAGAAGAGCUGCUGCAACCCCUUUGUGUAUGUGCACAUGUAUUCCACAGGAUUCAAACAUUGCAUUGUAUUUAGGGUGUUAAACGGUGUCUCCUUACCAAAUCCGCUAUCUGUUUCUUCUCCCUCUCCAGUGCCGUUCAGCUGUGUACUGUAGCUCUGUGAAUCCUUAGCGUGUACACGCUGCGUGUGUCCUGGUCCGUAUCUGAUGACGUCACCGCUGUGCCUCAGCGUGUAUUGACGGUCUGAUUGCUGUGCUCCAUGCGAAUUCACCUUCUUGGAACAGGAAAAGAAAGUCCACAGCUAAGCUCAGUCUGUAGAAGCGAUCUCCAUCGCUUAAAGGUUGAACAACUCUUUGUAAAAUGGAAAAAGCAACACAAACUGUACAACCCAGGCACAUGGAGCAUUAUCAACAUGAGGAGAGAGAAGACAUCAUUGAGGAACAAGAGGAAGAAGAAGAGGAAGAAGAAGACGAAGAAGAGGAAGAACAAGAUGAAGAGGAAGAAGAAGAACAACAGAAAAGAACCAGUGAUUUAUAUCAACCGGAAGUACAGAUCAAUUGGCAGACACCACUGAGGAAGAAGGCCACUGAAGUGGGUCUUUACAGUAAACAUUCCUUGGAUAGUCCAUUGCUUAUAGGCUUCAAGCAAUAUCUGACACAAGACCUUGGUGUCAUCAACUAUAAACAAGAGGUGGAAAGUGUGUCUCGUUUUCUGUAUUACAUGGAUCCUGCUGAUGCUAAUACAUCAUUUUUCAGUAACAUCCCACAAACAAGAGAAUUUUUUAGCACUUUGGAAUCUGUUGGGAUGUCACAGCAGACGGUGGCAAACUACAUUAAGAACAUAAACAGAUUUGUCCGCUAUUUGAGACUCGGCACAAAUAUGAAGUUUGACAAACCUAAGCUUUAUUCUAAAGCUCUACAAUUUGAAGACAUUUUAAGAGACAUAAUGAAUAACAAAAACAAGAACAUUGCCAAACAGGUUACCCAGAGGAGAUGCGAUAUCCAUGUAAAGAAACAACAUACACCUCGGGAAUGCCAGCAUGCCCUUGAGGUAGCUAAGACAGAUUUUUUAAUUAUUAUGGACGAUCUUCAAAGAAAUGCAAAGAUCUCGUCACAAAAUCAACUCUUGGUGCUGUACUAUCUUGAGGCCAUAUUGCUUCUAAAACAUCUUCAGAGCCCUUGUGUGGUGAAGAACUUUUUGAUUGGAGAUUGGCUCAAGAGAACACGGCACCAUUCACAAUCUGGCCAAAGAUUUGCCAUAGUUGCUGUCACGGAACAUAAGACUUCUGCACUGCAAAAGCCAACAUUUGCUUUAAAUAAAGAAGAGGAGAACUGGUUUAAUGAAUAUUUCAGUAAAAUCAGGUCAAAGGUAAAACCUGGACAUGUGUUCACUAAAGAAAUGAAGAAAGAGACCUUUUUUGUUUCCAGUUGUGGACUUCCUGUUUAUAAUCCUUCAAAUGAUCUCAGCCGGUUUAUCAGCAGAUUUGAUCUUCCAGCAAUUACCUCUCGAUUAGCAAGAAGUGCGAUGGAAACUGCAGCUAGAAACCUAUUAACUGAUGAAGAGAAGAUUGUCAUAGCUCAGUAUCUGGGCCACACGAAUGCUACAGUGAAUAAGUAUUACCGUUUGACUCCAGAAAACAUGUGUUCAGCUGUGUCGCUAAUUGAAAAAAUGUCUAAAGAAUCUUCAGAAAAGUCUUGUGAAGGGACAUCAAGAAUGUGGCCAAUCAAGACCACACAAGAAGAUGAAAGGCCAACGACCAGCAGGAUCAACCCUCCACAGGCAGUAGUAGGAUGUACAAUUGUCCGACUCAAUGAAGAAUAUGCCUUUGAGAGACUGGUUCAGAAGUUUCCUGUAACAAUUGAUGGGCAACCCCCAAAGAAGAAAACAAGGGCAGAGUUUACUGAACAGUUUGAUAGACAAUGCUAUGACAAGUGGAGGACUGUCCAGAGAAAUAUAAGAAAAGAAGAACUAUUGAAAGAUUUCACCAGAAGACAACCAACAGAGAACCAGAUUCAACGCUCCGUGGACAAGCAGGGAUGGAAAAGAAACAUCCCAGGCAUUUCAGAGGUCUUGUUAAGCUGGAAGCCAAAUAAGUCAAAUGAAUGGGACCCCAAUGACAAGGCGAUAAUUUCACUUGUGAAGCACCAGUCAUGGAAAGGACUGUCAAUCACAGAUGUAGGAGACGGGAAGGCAGUGGUAACAACACGCAAUUUCCAGAAAGGGGAGAUUGUUUGUGAUUACCAUGGUGUGAUCAUUUCAGCAGAUGAAGGUCGGCAAUUGCAUGAAAGUUAUGUUGAUGAAGAAAAGAGAUAUCUAUUUUUCUUCCAUGAUCCGUCUGGUAUACCCCGUGUGUUGAUGCUCAAACCUUCCCCUGUCCUUGUCAUCCGUACAAAGAAAUCGUUGGACGCUUGAUAAACCAUUCUAGGAAGAGGUUUAAUCUUAAACCAGUCUACAGGAUAUUGAACAUUAAAGGAGAGCACCGUGUGGUGAUUUUCUUCUAUGCCACCAGACUUAUUCCCAUAGAAACCGAACUGUUGUUCAACCAUAGGAUUUCAAAGAAAUCAUUUAAAGGAGAGAGCACAGACCUUGAUUGGCUCAGUGACUAACUGAGUUGGACUCUUUAGUAUGGACAGAUUGGACUUAAAUUGUUUUAUAUACUUUUGAAAUAUAGUUUUUGAAUUUUGUAUUUUAAACAUUUAUUUUUAAUUUUCCCAUGAUGUGUUGCUUCCUUGUCUUGUCUUUUUUAUAUGGUUUUUUAUAUCUAAUUUUUUUCUAAUCUCUUUGUUUUCAGAGAGACCAGCAUAUUCAUUAAGAUGUAUUGCAUUGAUUUAUUGCAUUGACUCAUUUGAUGUAUCCAUAAUGCCAUGUUUUAUACUUUGUAAUGUUGACUGUCACAAAUCCUUUUUGAUAUUUUUCUUAAUUCACUAUCACUCAUUAGGAAAAUUAUAUUUAAUUGUAAAAUGUAAUAGGUUACUUGUU